UCAUUCAUAACAACAAUGGCGACUCAAACAAGCGAACAAAAAAGCGCUGGGCUCGACAAAAACAAUAAAUAUGACAGGCAGUUGAGGUUAUGGGGUGACCAUGGUCAGUCUUCUCUGGAGACUGCCAAAGUCUGCUUAGUCAAUGCCACAGCUACUGGAACAGAAAUUCUGAAAAAUCUUAUUUUGCCUGGUAUUGGCUCUUUCACAAUUGUAGACAGCCAGAAAGUGGUUGGAGAGGAUGUUGGAAACAACUUUUUCUUGACGGUCGACUCAGUUGGCAAGUCACGUGCUCAAGUGGCCACUGAAUUGUUGAGUGAACUUAAUGAGGAUGUCUCUGGAGAUUUCUUAGAAGAGAAUGUUGAUGACUUGCUAGAGAAAAAUCCAGCAUUUUUCACGUCUUUCACAACUGUUAUAGCUACUCAUCUUCCAGAAAGAACUUUAUUAAACCUGAGCAAAGUCCUGUGGGAGAAGAACGUCCCUCUCCUCGUGUGUCGCUGUUACGGGGUGAUUGGGUACCUGCGUGUGGUAGUCAGGGAGCACACCAUUAUAGAAUCCCACCCUGACAACUCACAUGAGGAUUUGCGACUAGAUCGACCGUUUCAAGGGCUGAAAGAGUACUGUGAUUCACUCGAUCUAGAGAGUAUGAACAAAAAGGACCACUCACACACUCCCUGGUUGGUUUUGAUUUACAAGUACCUGCAGUUUUGGCAACAGGAGAACGGGGAGAGAUUACCAAAUAACUACAAAGAGAAAAAUGCAUUGAAAGAAUUAAUCAAACAAGGUGUGAGGAAAAAUGCUGAGGGAGUACCUGAGGAAGAGGAGAACUUUGACGAGGCAAUAAAAAAUGUCAACUCAAGUUUACAUAAGACCUCCGUGCCAUCAGAAGUAAAAGCUUUGUUCAGUGACCCUGCUUGUCUUGAUUUAAAUAUCGAGUCCAAGAACUUCUGGGUAUUGAUGAGAGCUUUGAAAGAAUUCACAGAAAAUGAAGGAAAUGGUCAGCUUCCUGUGCGAGGUGUGAUCCCUGACAUGACAGCAGACUCUGAGCGAUACAUCCAGCUACAGAGUGUGUACAGGGAGCAGGCGGCCGCUGAUGCUACGGCCGUGGCGGAGCACGUCCAUGCUCUGUUACACAGCAUUGGACGGGAUGAGCCUCUCCACCCUGAUAAAAAUAGAAAGCCUGGAACAAUCACUGAUGACGAGGUCAAGACGUUCUGUAGGAACUCAGCUUUCUUGACUGUGGUGAGAUGUCGCAGUCUGGAGGAGGAGUACUGUCCUGAAACAGCCAACUUGGAGGAAUUGAGUCGCCAUGUCGUGGAGGAGGAGGAGGAGGGAAGCACGGAGGGAGACGAGACGGUGCUGUACAUCAUGCUGAGAGCCGCUGACAGAUUCUUCUCCGAGUACAACCACUACCCCGGUGCUUACGACAACACCAUGGAGGCAGACAUUCCCAGGCUUAAGUCAUGCAUGAAUAAGCUGUUACAUGACUGGGGCUUCUCCUCGACAAUCAAGGACGACUAUGUGCAGGAAAUGUGCCGAUUCGGAGCAUCAGAACUCCACACGGUGUCAGCCUUCAUGGGGGGCGUGGCAGCUCAGGAGGUGAUCAAGAUCCUGACAGGACAGUUUGUCCCCAUCAACAACACAUUCAUCUACAAUGCCCAGAAACAGAACUCCACCACCCUCAAGUUGUGAUUCACCAAAGAUAAGACUAGUCAAGUGUGAGAAAAUGUAAAGUGUAUGCGCCCCCCCCCCCUCCCCAUGUCUUUGCAACAAUCAUAAUGGGUUGUUUCUUGUUCCUGUUUGACAUGCCAUCAUUGCUGCAGUGAUCCCAGUUGUUGUGCACAAUGAAAAUAGUUUGGAAUAAUGGGGGGGGGGGGGGGGGCUAUACUUUACUUUUACUUAUGUUGGUGUUUUUUGUUUUUGAGAAGAUCUCUCUUUCUAGGCAUGUAGUGUGUUGUAAGUGAAAGCAGUGAGGCCCAUGUUAUAGCAAAGGAAGAGACGGGCACACAAGUCACUUUUUAUGCUUAAAAAAAACAAAAACAGUCAAACCUCGUUAUACCGCCUCCCAUCAUAUCACUAGCCUCGCUUACGGCAGGUUUUUACCAAUGUGUGAAAAGGAACGCCUCUAUAAACAUGGUAUUAGAGCCUUUGUACAAGCAUCGGGGGUUUUUUUUUAACUAUGUCUACAGAGACCAUUACACACAAAGCCCAGCUUUUGAUCCUGGAGAAAUUUUUAACUUUUACUGCUUUUCUUUGUAGAAAAUCAUUUUUAUCCCUCAGGACUGGCUUGAGUUUUUCAAACCCUAAAAUUUGACUGUGCAUUACUAAAACAUUAGUGGACAGUUAAUUAUUAAAGAUAGGUUACUGUAUAAAGAGAGAUUUUUUAAAUCGAGAAAUAAAUUAAAAGAAAUUCAUAAUACCCAGGAAAUGUGUUUCAUUUUUUUUCACAUUUUGGUAUACGGCAUUACUUGUUGGGUUCCUUGUGUGUCAAAAAUUGUAAUGGUGGCUAAUGCUCAUAUGACCUUAUGCAGUUGCAAGCGCUGUAAAACUCCUACUAAACUAAUGGUGACUAGCAAGUAUGGUGUCCAUAAAAUGGCAACUACGUAAACACUGCUGAGGAUAGAUAGCUAUCUUUAGCUUGAAAUUUGACUAGAACUGAAAGGUUGAACACAGGGGACAAGAAAAAGAUGUAUUUUGUUGCGUUAAAAGCUGUGAAUGUUGAUUCAUGAAGUAGAGAAAAAAAUUUUGUGUGCAUGCCUUGCGUUAAAUGCUUUAAGUGAAACACAAGUUCGCUUGUUUAGUCAUGUUGCGUUCAAAAGUGAAUGAUUGAAAAAUAAUAAAUAUUAUUUUCCCUUGAGCAGUUUCCUCCUAGAACUUGCACUUCCCUGAGACUUUAGUGGAAAAUUUUAGAUGGUCAUCGAAAAUUGCUUAUAAGUUCAAUACUAAAAAGGGGAACAUACAAAACUAUACAUAUAUUCUGAAAGGAAUUGGAUGCUGAUUCAGAUGGUGUAUGUUUUGUUUCUGUAAAAUGUAUAUUUUGUCAUUUUUGGUGCGGUUUUUUUUUUUUUUUUUAUGUACGAAAUACAAAAGAGUAAAAUGCUUCUUUACCUUGGUUGCUUGUUUAUUUGCUGUUUGCUGUCUUGUGCUGCUAAUUAUAAUCCAAAAUGAGAUUAUAAUCCAUGUGUAAUUCUGAGACAUUCAGUAGUCCAAGAAAUAUGCCAUAAACACUGUAUCUUACAGUUAUUGUGCGUUACAAAAUUACAAGAAAAAUUUCCUCUAC